CUCUCUGGGAAUCAGGAAACACGUUGAUAUUCGCUGGAAGUACCUCCUUCACUUUACUGUGAUCGGUAUAUUCACUCUCCGGAGCUGACCUGGGAAAACAGCCCAUCUCUGACACCAGCCCGCUGGAUAUCUGCGGUCCUGUCCGUCAAUGGCCGACACACUCACGCCUGGAAAGAAUCACACUCUGAGUAUUGAAAAUGAUAAAACCACAGGGACCAAUCCGGAAUAUCUCGCCUUUGGGCUGGUGCUAGUUUUCUUCCUUCUGGGCCUGCUGGGUGUGGUCAUCUGCCAUGUGUUGAAGAGGAAGGGCUACCGCUGCACCACGGCCCAAAAUGGUGGCGAGGAGUGUGAGGAACAGGACAAAGAUCUCGAGCUGGGCGGAGAGCUGAACGACACCAUCAGUGACAACAAUGACACGGUUGGGCAGAUAGUCCUCUACAUCAUGAAAAAUGAAGCAAACUCAGAUGCCCUACAAGCCAUGGUUUAUGAAAACAGCCUUGAUUCGGAUGGUCCUCCGCUCACCCCCACCUCCAUCGGCGCUUCCACGCCUCCGCUGACUCCCGUAUCACCAGGGGCACCCCCAGGAGCGCCCAAGCACACCUGUAACCACCUGCACACCAUCGGGGGCCUGGGAGGCAACAAGAACAUCUGCACGCGCUGCAGCCAGAAGAAAUGGCCGCUGAUGAGGAAGCCGUCGGCCCGCAAGACAGAGCAGCGGCGCAGCCACUACGGAGAGGUCACAGUCCUAGCUGUAGGCAGGUUCCGCGUGACAAAGUGUGAAAAACCAGCCAGGGAGCGGCGGACUCUGCUAAUAUCAGAUUCCAACAGGAGCGUCCCCACAUCACCCACAACGGUGGAGCCUAAGAGUCGAACAGCAUCUGAGGCCUUUCAGGAGCAGACAGAUUGCCCGGACAAGGGAAAUGAUAGACCAGCUGUUUAACAAGGGAGAAGAGGAGCAAUAUCUGGACAACUUUUUAAACCCAAAUGAGAACAUAGAAACAUCAGUGCAGGAGGGAUUGAUGGAUUCGGGAAUUGUCCCUCAGUCAUGUCGUGCCACAGGAACGGAUGUGCUACUGCUGCUGAUGGAGGUGGUGGUGUUGGUGGUGAUUAUAAAAAUAGAGAGGGGUAAGGUGCGUCUGUUUGAAAAUGCACUCCUUCUCUAGUAGCUGUACAGCAGUGCCUUGCUCAGUGGUGUCAAAAAAAAAAAAAGCAGGGCAACUGCUUGAUAUAAUGGUAGAAGCUCGAACCAGUGCUGUCCCCCCCAAAAUAAGGUCUUACUCCUCAAAAUUACCUCAAAAUGUGACGUGGUCUAUGAUGUUUGUACAUCAUGUUUUCAUGUGGAAGAUUUAAUGCAUCAUCAGUCGGGUUAUUUAUAGAACUACAGCCCAGGAACAGGUAGAACCAGUCUGAGAUACAGUUCAGGUCAUCAUUUCCAAACAGGAAGAAGGAUAUUGUGGUCAGAAGUUAAUGGGAACACUAGCAGGUAUGUUACCAUAUCAUGUAAUCAUGUGAACAUGGUGUGAAAGGGUUGACAGACUGAUAAAUUGUCCUCACAGUGCACAUAUCUAUCUUUGUUUUUUGUUUUUUUUUCUUUCAAUCUGAUCAUCUCAUGUUUUCUGUUUGUGUGGUAAUUCUGUUUUUAGCAUCUGGGGGCAGCACAGCAGUCUGUGAACACAUCCUGUUAAUAUAUUCAACUUAAAAGGCAUUAUCAUAUCUUUGGGUUCGUGAUUCUCACUAUGUAAGAAUAUGAGCCCAGUAAUCACUCUCCUUUUAGCUCCAUUUUGGUCUCCACCACAAUAACAGUGAAUUAAAAUUAAAACAUUAAAAGUCGAGGCCCUUAAAACCUGAAAAAUAAGCUGAAAGCUGCUGAAAUACAUAUCGCACUGUUGCAGCUGUGAUUUUCUUAGUUUUUUUGGCCCAGAAAUGUGUCCUUAAUAAUAAAAAUAUAGUUUAUAGUGGUGCUGUGUUAUAUAGAAAGAUUAUCUAAACACAUUAAAGCAAAAUGUAAUGACCUUCAUUAUAAACUGUUGAUUUUUAUGAGGCUUUGUAUCCUUAUCGACUUUGUUCUGCAGUGUGCCUCAAAUUAAUUUACUGAAGCCUGUUUAAAUUAUCAUACUUUAGCGUGAGCUGCCUUUGCGUUCCUCACUGCGCUGAUGGGUCGAGAGCAGAUACCGUACACAUUAUUUAAGCCAUCGUGGAUUACAUUAUCAGCUGGUCCACUGGGACUUUUUUUUUUUUUCUAAUGAAGUGUGCUUUUCAUUUCUAAGCAUGCUUGUGCUCGCACAGGUGUGUUAAGGUGAAGGUCAGAUUGUAGAUGCUGUGAUUCAGUCUGUUUACAGGGUCAAGGAUCAUUCACUGUGCAGUACAGGUGAAGUUACAUCUUAAGAAAAUAUGGGUUUUAUUGUAUGUCUAAAUUGUGUGUGUGUGUGUGUGUGUGUGUGUGUGUGUGUGUGUGUGUGUGUGUAGGCCUUACUGCUAUGUGCUGAUGCGAGAUGAGGUGUUGUAUUUCCUCCAUUAAAAGAAGAAUUCACUUGUUUUAGUCUUUGUCUUAUCAUAUUUGUGGUCACGCUUUCUUUGGGGGGCUGGAGCCAAUCCCAGCUAUCAUAGGGCAAGAGGUGGGGUUCACCAGUACAGGUCACCAGUUACAUCAUUGGAUUGUAAUGUUUUUGAAAUGUAACACGUUCCCAACGUGAUUCUAGAAUGUUGUAAUGUGGUCCCAGACUUAGGUUUUUAAGGCAGAGCGGCUCGCUUACCAGUCGGAGUGUCGCUCGUUUGAUGACCGGCUCUUUUAGUCUGCAUGUUCAUGUGUCCUUGGCCAAGAUACUGAACCCGAGUUGCCCCUAAUGCAUCCAUUGGAGUGUGAACAUUUGGUUGAAAGCACUUAAGGCAUAGAAAAAGUGCUUGUGUGAAUGGGUGAAUGGGGCUCGUAGUGAGAGAGUAGAAAAGUGCUAUAAAAGCACCAGUCCAUAUUUAUGAACGUUAGGGGUGUCCACAUAGGAAGUGCUCGUCCCGACGGUCAUAAGCAGCCGUUCCUUUCUCCAGCUGCCUUUGUAAACCUCUGUCAAUCACCGGUAUCCUGCGCUCUCAUUGGUAGUUGCCUCACUCAAUAAACCCUAAGCUGAGAAAAGUUUAACUCAGGGACCACGAGCUUUGCAACGCUAACGUUUAUUUCGACUGUUGUUGCUUGAAGUUGUAGAAUGUCCUUGACUUUCAGUGGUGUCUGAUCACCAUCACUUCCUGUGUGGACGCCCCUUUAACCAACAGGAGAUGUUGCACCAAUCAAAUGAUGCUUGUAUGGUGAGUGUUUUAUGUAGAGUGUGACCAAGUGUGACCAAAAUUAAGGAUCCAUUCACAGCGGGUGGACUCUAACGUUGCUGUGGUCCAACAGCUCAGUCAGAAUUGUCUCUAUUAUGGGAGUAAAAUAAAAAAGCUUUAACACGGGAGAGAGGAGAGGAGGAAAAAAGAGAAUUCACUAUCUUCUGUGGUCAAAAGUAUGAGCUGGAUGAUUUUUAGCAGCUGAUUUUGUCAUAUAACAAAAUAUUAGUGUCAGAUGUAUUUUCUCAGCGAUACACCAAGUUUUUUUUCUUUUUUUUUUUUAUUGUGUAGAAGAUAAUGCAGAUGGCAGUGACUUACAGUAUUUAUAACAAUCUGACACUGCCUGCAGCUCAUGUAGCAGAGCAGCGUGACAGCUGAGCAGGUGUUCAGAGACGAGCGAUGGCGCCCCCUUAAGUUGUGUACGCACUGGAAGCAAUUUGCAGUGACGUGGCGGACCGGGAGAGACCACAGAAGAGAACUAUAUGUGGCGACUUUGAGGGACUGCGGUCAAAAUACCUGCUGAGGACAUGAAGUGGGCGGGACCAAAGUUUAAUUUUUUUUUUUUUCUUCCCAGGCAAGUCAUUUGAAGCAACUAUCAAUUAGAGUAAAGAAUACCCAUGACUGGCAUAUGACCUGGUAGUAAAGACAUCAGAGAGUUACCAGAGCCUGGACCUAGCCAUUAGUGACCAACGAUUAGCUUCAAAGCGAUGAGCAGACGCUUCUAUUGUGGAUGCCACCUUAAGUUGCCAUCUACUUUCAGAAUAUAUUCCCGGAUAGUUACGGUUCAAAAAUUCUGCAUCUUCAUGUUUUCCUCCGAUGCAGCAUCACUGUGAUGUCAUUGUGUAUUGACCCCACUCCAAGCUCAAACAUCCAUCUCUUGGUGAGAAGUUAAACUGCUGAAAGCUACCAAAAACAUCAUGGUUAGGAUGCGUUCAGCUAUUGUUUUCAGUGCUUUAAGCACAAAGGUAUAACAGUACAGUUUACAAGGUUUUAUUAAUGCUUUCUAAUAUUACCGUAUUGCUUUAUACUGAUAAUAUUGCAGAAUCUUUCAACCUUAAGUAUUUUGUGCUGUGCAUAAGGCUGCAACGAUUAGUCGACAUUGUCGACAAUAAUUGGCAAUGACAUUAAAAAUAGCUGAUGACGAAUUUAAUUGUCGAUAAUAGUCGUUUUUUUAUUACUGAUGAUUUUUUGAUUUUUUUUAACGGAGUGAGACGUCUUUCUGUCCGUUCUAUCUCUGGCUGUGCCCCUCAGCUGUCAUUUUACCGAUGAGAAAGAAGCGGAAAUGGCUUGUAGUUGGUAAGGUAUGUUACAAUCAUCUUCUACAGUGAACAGUCAUCGGCUAUGCCAUUGCUGUUUAUUUAGGAGCAGUUGGACCCGGAAAUGACGUCACACUUAAAGACCAGAUAGCAUUCAGCAGCAUGUUUAGUAGUCAUGGCGGCUAAUGGUGAAACUGCCAGCUUUGUUUUACAGGGAAGAAAAAAGUACUGUAUAUUUUUUAUGGUUGGAAAAUGGAGUUAAAUUUAUAUCAGCAGCAAACCUGAUUUAAAAGUUUUGAAUGAAGUA